UGGGGCUGGAUCACAUGGUCGAGGAGAGGAGUAGUGGACCCUCACCAUCCUCACUCCACAGCUGAAUCAAAGUUUGUAUCUGGGUCAUACACACUUUGCUCGCUUCUUCGCGCGCCUAAAAUGAACUGUACUUAAUUUAACUGGAAUAUAUUUUUUGCAUAUGGAUAUUACUUUCGCGUUCACGGAGUCUGCAGGAAUAUCUCAUCAUAGACUUUUCUUAAGUAUGAACACAUAUGGAUCAGGGUUAGCCUAACAGUGUUGGUCUCUCUGUGUGCAGUGAUGCCUCCACAGGGUAUUGGGGAGUACAAACCCGUGUCAGGCUCCUUAGUGCCACCGGUACCACCGCGCAGAUUCAGGAGUAAAAACGUGGCCAAAAGAAGCCGUUGUGGCUCUGCGCCGGAGCGCAGGGUGAAGUGCGUGCUGGUUGGGGACGGAGCGGUUGGUAAAACAAGUCUUAUCAUCAGUUACACCACCAACGGCUAUCCCACGGAGUAUGUUCCAACAGCUUUUGAUAACUUUUCAGCGGUGGUUGCAGUUGAUGGUAAGCCUGUGAAACUCCAGCUGUGUGACACCGCGGGCCAGGAUGAGUUUGAUAAGCUGCGACCUCUGUGCUACACCAAUGCUGAUGUUUUCCUGUUGUGCUUCAGUGUCGUUACACCAUCCUCGUUCCAGAAUGUCAGGGAGAAGUGGGUGCCUGAGAUCCGACGGCACUGUCCACGUACCCCCAUCCUGCUAGUGGGCACCCAGGCCGACCUCCGGCAGGACGUUAACAUACUUAUCCAGCUGGCCAAGUACAAAGACCGUCCAGUGGAGCCACAAGAGGCAUGCACAUGUGCUGAGGAGGUGCGUGCCGUGUCAUAUAUGGAGUGCUCAGCACUUACCCAGAAGAACCUGAAGGAGGUGUUUGAUGCAGCCAUACUAGCCAGCAUUCAGAACACAGACAGCCAGCAGCAGAGGCUGAUGAAACGCACACCCAAAAAGAUGAGGACACUCUCUAAGUCCUGGUGGAGGAAAUACUGUUGUCUGACGUAGAGGGACAACAUGGAUAUUUACUCUUGGAAAUUUAAGUAUGGAAUGAAAGACAUAAUUGAAUUUAGGGGUUGCGGGAGUAAUUUAAGAACAGAGAUUAAAAAUAUAUCGAAAUGUGAUAAGACAACAUAGAAGAACAGAAUAAGUGAAAUGGAAAAAAAAUCUACAAACCUUAACUACACUUAUCCCUUAUUUACAGUGGAAAAUCAUGAAUAACCGUGGGCAAACAGAAUUGAACAUUUGCUAUAGCAUAAUAAUGGAGAGCCACAAGCACCGAACUCUUAACAUCGUCAUUGGAGGUGCAGUUAAUUCAACAUUGUUGUAUUAUUGUAUGCAAUUGUAUUGUAUGACCUCUCUAACAUUAGAGGUCUGCGAGGUUCCUGAAGUUUCACUUUUUGAACAUCAGACUACUCAGCUUACACUGUGAAAUGACAAAGCCCACUUGGGAUUUCCCAGACAGAGGUCAUUAGUAACAAUAGUUCAAUAUUUAUAUUCUGGUCUUCUUUUACAACAUAAAUUUGUUUCUAAAUCCUACUUAACCGACCUAGACGAACAGCUUAUCUCAAGCUGGAGAAAAAUGAUUUCCAACAUGUCAAGCUCUGCUUCAGUCAAAGUUUACUAAAGUGUUAAUUCCCCACCUGUCAAAAGCAAAUAGAUACACUGGUGCACUAUCAGUAGUUUGACAUUGGUUUCUUUUCAGUGAUCAGUAUGGUUGAAGGACAUCCCAGUUUGAAAAACAGCUGAAAGAAAAAAGUUCUUGUUUGUUCUAUGACAAUCGAGAGCUUCCAUUCAAAACAUACCAUGAGGUCAAGGUCAGUAAGUGUGUAUUAAACUGGCCAGUUAAAAUUUGUGUAUGUACUGCAUGUUCACUCAUGCCGGAAGUGCUUAAACUAGAGAAAUGUGUUUGCUUUUUAUACGUCACUGGCUGUUUCUCUCUUAGGAUAAGGUGUAGAAACACGGUUUGUGUUUAAUGCAGGAGUUUCCACUGAAAUUACAGAUCAGCAUCUCACAGAGCUAGAGAUUCAAAAAGCCUUUGAUAAAGCUGAUAAAUUUGAAUGUAUAUACAGUUUGUUUGAUUUACAAUUACUUUAUUUUUUAUUUUUUUAUUUCCAUAAAAAAAUGACCAGUGCAUUAUAAAUUUCAUAUAGCAAGUCUUGUAACCAUGAAACUACGAAUGCUGGAUCAUGUACAGUAUAAGAAGCCUGAAAUUACAUGAUAAAUACAGAAAAAAGUAUAUAAAGAAAUGUUCAGAACGGUUUCUGUAUAUCUCAGGUAAACCUGGAUCAUACAGGUUUUGUUUAACAAGUCUAUUACAAGUGACUCUAGCAGAUUACUUUACUUACCACAUUAAAUGUGUUAUAUCACAUAAAAACUUUUAUUUUAUUUCUUUAUUUUUUCAGAAAUCAAAGUCAUAUAUAAUAAUAACAGUGCCAUUGUUUAUUAGGAAUCCAUCUCCAUGACUUUUAUCUGAAUUCCAACUGAAUUUAAUAUGCAUGAAAAUGUCUAUGAACAGAAAUUGAUAUAAAGUAAUGCUUUGUCUGCUGUUGAGACAUUUCAAUUUGAAGUCAUGAUCAACAAUACAGGUAUGAAGCAUUUAGAGAUAUGAAGCAUUUACAUCAUUUAUUGUUCAACAUUUACCCAGAUAUUGUAAAGUAGAGCUUUAUCGUUGGGUAAAUAAUUGAUCAGGUCCACCCACGUAAGAUGAACUGGAAAAGUCACCUGCUGGAACGGGACAUGAGCAAGUGAAAAUGGAGUGGCACUGAGUAGAGAGGUUAAAGUUUCACAAGAUAAGCAGUGGUAGACUCUGGAGGAUCAAUAAGCCAGCCCUUCCUAACAUGCUUGUAUCAGCAAUGAACUGAAACUGAUGUCUCUUUGAAGGUUGCCUUCAUUUAAAAAAACAAAAAUAGCUUCUCAUGUCUACUAUCCAUAAGAGAGUAACUGAACGUGGAGUUUGUUGUUAUUGGAUAUCUGAAUGUGAAAGGCUGAAUGCUUUAACUGUACAUGGGCAAGAGAAUGCUCAGUGAACACAUACAACUGGAAAUAAAGUGCUGUUAAAAGA